AUUUAUUUAUUUCUUCUGUAGGUUUGGGCUCUGAUCCUGACAUCUCUGUGGAGGGACAUCAGGACGGAGGGAUCAGAGUGGUGUGUCGAUCAUCCGGAUGGUACCCAAAGCCUGAGGCUCAGUGGAGAGAUCUCCAGGGGCAGCUCUUACCAUCAGCCUCUGAAAACAUAUUCCAAGAGGCUGGUGGCCUGUUUCAGACAGAGAUUGCCAUGGUUCUAAGAGAAGAGUCCAGCCAGAAAGUGUCCUGCUGUAUCAGGAACCCCCAACUCAACCAGGAGAGAGAGUCAGUGAUUUCCAUAGCAGAGCUGUUUUUCCCAAGAGUCAAUCCCUGGAGGGUGGCUCUGGGUCUGAUCCUGCCUCUCCUGGCUGUUCUCAUUGUCCUGGCCGGUUACUGCUUCUGGAGGCAACACAGAGCGAAACAUAAACUCCAGGCUGAGCUCAACAAACUCCAGGCUGAGCUCAGGUGGAGAAACUCCCAGAUCUACGCAGUGGACAUGACUCUGGAUCCCGACACGGCUCAUCCUAACCUCAUUCUCUCUGAGGAUCAGAAAACUGUGACAUACGAUGAAAGACGACAGGAUCUGCCUGACAACCCUGAGAGAUUUAAUACUUUUCCCACUGUCCUGGGCACAAACAGAUUCACGGGCGGGAGGUUUUACUGGGAGGUGGAGGUGGGGGACAAAACGAGUUGGACUGUGGGGGUUUGUAGGGAAUCUGUGAUCAGGACAGGGAAGGUCAGACUCACUCCUGGGAAUGGAUACUGGACAGUGUGGCUGAGGGAUGGGAAAUACAAGGCCUGCACCUCCUCCCCAAGGACCCCCAUCUCUGUGAGCGUCAGGCCCAGCCGGGUGGGGGUUUUCCUGGACUAUGAGGGGGGCGAGGUCUCAUUUUACAAUCCUCAGCUCGCUCGCUCGCUCCACUGCCGGAGCCGGCACAAGGCUCUGCUGUGA